UCUGCUUCUUCAGAUUGGGCUGCCGCCUGCCCGUAUUUUCCAGGAAAAUUUUUCCUCGAUAGAAAUUGGAGAGACUCCCACUGUAGUAAAGUGAAGAUGGCGAGAGUUGCAAUUCGUUACCCUCGCAACGGUAAUACCUUUAUCUCAUUUUUGGCUUUUCCUCGUUGCAAUGCUGAGUUUUCGCAUUCUGCUUCAGUAAUUACACCCAGAGAUUAUUCUUCAUCUCCUAGCAAUACAUCCAUUUCGAUAAAGGGUAAACUUAGGGUUUCUAACAGGUUUGAGAAUGUCAAGUGUUUCGAUGAUGCUGUGAGUGUGUUCCGUCAAAUGGUUAGAGAGCAGCCUCUUCCUUCUCCUGUCAGCUUCUCGAAAUUGCUGAAAAUAAUGGUAAAUAUGAAACAUUACUCUGAUGUUGUUUCUCUCUUUGGAGAAAUGCAGAAAUUAGGUAUUCCAACUAAUGAAUUCAUCUUGAGUAUAGUGAUUAACAGUUAUUGCCUCAUGCACCGUGCUGAUUUAGGAUUUUCUGUAUUAGCCAUUUUCUUCAAAACUGGCAUUCCAUUUAAUGUUGUUACCUUUAACACCCUAAUAGGGGGACUCUUUGCUGAAAAUAAGGUUAAAGAUGCUGUUCACUUGUUCAAAAAACUAACGAGAGAGAAUAUUUGUGAGCCUAACGAAGUCAUGUAUGCAACUGUCAUGAAUGGGCUUAGCAAAAGGGGCCAUACCGGAAAAAUUUUUAGUUUGCUCCGAUUAAUGGAACAAGGGAGCACUAAGCCUGACACAUGCAUCUAUAACAUUGUUAUAGAUGCCCUUUGCAAAGAUAGAAUGCUAGAUGAUGCUAUCAACCUUUUAAACGAGAUGAAACAGAAAGGCGUUCCACCAGACAUUAUCACAUAUAGUUCAUUGAUUGAUGGUUUGUGUAAGUUUGGUCAGUGGGAAUAUGUUAGGACUAUGUUUGAUGAGAUGGUUAAUCUUAAUAUUUAUCCAACUGUGUACACCUUCAGCAUAGUGAUCAAUGGGCUAUGCAAGGAAGGAAAAGCUGAAGACGCCGAGGAAAUAAUGAGACACAUGAUCAGAAAAGGUGUGGAGCCUACUGUGGUCACCUACAAUGCAAUAGUAGAUGGAUACCGUUUGCGUGGUCAAAUGGAUAGAGCGAGGAGAAUUUUUGAUUCCAUGAUAGACAAGAGCAUUGAGCCUAACAUUAUUAGUUAUAACACACUAAUAAAUGGAUACUGCAAGAAAAAGAAGUUGGACGAGGCCAUGCAAUUGUUUCUUGAAAUUUCUCGAAAGGGGUUUAAACCUGAUAUUUUUACCUACAAUAUUAUCUUACAAGGUCUGUUGGGAGUUGGAAGAAGCGACACCGCACAAAAAUUCUUUGCAGAUAUGCUAUCGGCAGGGCAGAGACCUGAUUUUUGUACUCAUAGCAUCUUGCUUGUUGGUUAUUUUAAGAACGGACUUGUUGAAGAAGCUAUGUCACUCUUUCAUAAGUUGGAAAGAGAGGGAGAAGAUAAUGACAUUGAACUUUACAAUAUUGUCAUUGAUGGAUUGUGCAAAAAUGGAAAGUUGGACAAAGCUUAUGCCAUUUUUGAAAAGCUUUCUUUAAUAGGGUUACAUCCUAACGUGAUAGUAUACACUACAAUGAUUAAUGGGUUUUGUCUAGAAGGAUUGCUAGAUGAAGCUAAAGAUAUGCUAAGAAAAAUGGAGGACGAUGGAUGUUUGCCAGACAAUGUAACUUACAAUGUUAUUAUGCAAGGGUUUCUGAGAAGUAACAGAAUUGGUGAAACGAGGGCUUUCUUAAAGGAAAUGACUGGGAAGACUUUCCCAUUUGAUACAACUACAACAGAGUUACUGAUAGACGUUAUAGCGAAGGAUCCUUCUUUGCUUGACAUGAUACCAGAGUUUCACCCGGAAAAGAAGAAAUGAAGAUGUUUUCCUAAUCUCAUCCAAUGCAUUUGGGGAAACAGGAACAACGAAAUUUGAACAUUGCUUUUGCUUUAUAGGCAAACUUAUUGAGGAGAUUUCCAGAUUUUGAAAAAAUGGCUCGUAUGAAACAGACAGCCCGUAAAAUCGACCGGUGGAAAGGCUCCAAGGAUACAACUUGCUGUAAAGGCUGCAAGGAAAUCAGCCCCUACCACGGGAGGAGUGAGAAGCCACAUCGUGACAGCCCUGGAACUUUUGCUCUCCGAAAAUAUCACAAGAGUACUUAGCUUCUCAUUCGGAAGUUGCCUUUCCAGAGGCUUGUCCGUGAGAUUGCUCAGGAUUUUAAGACAGAUCUGAUAUUCAGCUUGCAAGACGAAUUCGCGGAGAACGAGCUUAGGCUUAUCACGAUGUUGAUUAAUGAUCAAUCUCUUCUUGGUUGCCCGUCUCUGACUUAUGGGCCACUUUGUCAUCUAUGCUGGGGAGAACCUGAGGCAGAGAUUAUGAUCCCCAAAUCAUUCUUGAGCCAGCAUUUAUUUCAGGAUUUGCUCAGUCAACCCGAGGAAGAAUAUGGCUUCGAUCAUCCAAUUGGGUGGUGUGACACCUCCAGAGUAUGUCUUCGUUGAUCUUAUUUCUUGCUUGAUUUAUUGAGGAUACUGCGCAGCAGAAAUGAGGAUGUUGAGAUGGAUCUAUGGUCAUACCAGGAAAGACAAGAUAAGGAAUUAAGUUAUCAGGGACAAGGUGGGAGUAGCAUCUGUGGAAGCCAAGUUACGGGAAUCGAGGCUGCGAUGGUUUGGGCAUGUGAAGAGAGAGAUAUAGAUGCCCCCGUCAGGAGGUGUGAGAGGUUGACCAUGACAGGCUUGAGGAACGGCAGGGGUAGGCCUAAGAAGUAUUGGGGAGAGGUGAUUAGGCAGGACUUGUCGGUGCUUCACCUAACCGAGGACAUGACUAGCGAUAGGAAGGUGUGGAGGUCGAGGAUUAAGGUGGUGGGUUGACAGGUAGUUACGAGUUUUCAUAGGUUCACCAGUAGUACUAGAAAUAUUCUUGAUGUGGGUUGAAAGUUACUUCCUUCUAGUUUGUUAUUGUAUCUGGUACUUUGCAACCACGUCCUUUGUUUUUGUAAAUAUUCUUGUUGCUCUCGGAUUGUUACUGUUUGAUGCUA